AUGGCUCUCAACUCUUUUGCCCACCUCUAUGAAGAGGCCACUAUCGUUGAGGCCCGGCGGUCUGUAUUGGAUAUUCUUGACAACCAUGUCCCUAAAAUCCAUAGCGACAUGUCCGUAUUGGACUUGGCUUGCGGCUCGGGUACAGUAACCAGAAUCAUCUACGAGCAAUGCUCAGCUCAGAAUAUCAAACCCCCUAGAGUGGUCGGGGUUGACAUUGGUCCGAAUUUCAUCGAGGCUUUCAAUGAAAAUAAGGAAGCCCGACAAUGGGAGACCGCCAAAGGAUAUGUCGGGGAUGCUUCAGAUCUGCACAUGUGCUCGGAUAACGAAUUCGACCUGGUCAUCAUGAGCUAUGCCCUUUUCGCUGUUGCGGAUGCGGUGGCAGACAAAGUGACGGCCGAAAUCUACCGCGUCCUCAAGCCAGGCGGUGUAGCUGCUUUCACUGUAUGGCGAGACAACUUCAUCUCCCGCAUGUUUCAAGAAGCGAGCACGGCUGUUGGACGCCCAGAGGAAGAGAUUAGACGCUUCGAUCCGGGCAAGUGGUCUCUUCCAGAGACAAGCCACAACACGCUAGUGGCAGGCGGCUUCAAGCCAGACAUGAUUAAACAUUUCCGCCACGAUGAUACUUUUGGGAUCCUAGACAAGAGUAGCCUUGUCGAUCGAUUCGACACGCCGUUUUGGCAGAACGUUGGAACAAUGGCUUGGGCUGAGGAACAGAAGCCCCAGUGGAGAGCGGAGGCCGAGAAAGCGAUUCUCAAGGAGCAACAGGAGAGAGGAGCCUUGCAAGCGAAUUGCUGGAUAUUCAUUGCAGAAAAGUAA